AACAGUAACAUUUUAAACUUCAAUCUAAUUUCACUGGUUAGAAUAAUGAAAAUUUUCCAAGCUUUGUUUUUCUUUUUCAUCGUCAUUGCAAUGAUUGAUGCUGGAAGACAUCGUGGAUGGCGUCGUUGGAGAAACUAUGUGGAUUGUGAUGACGAAACAACGACCACUGAAACGCCGGAUUGUGAAUAAUAUGGAAAACAAAAGCAUCACCGAGUUUGAUCGUGCACAAAAGGCAAUAAUAAUGUCUAAAGCUUUCAGCGAAGCUUUCGCUUUUCAAAGCUUUUUAACGGCCAAAAAUAUGCUCCUACGACUAGUGACACAUAACUUAACAUUCCAUAGUUUAAAAAAUGCAAGUAUUCUUCGUAAUCCUUCAGUCCUUCGCAAUAAUUUUCGUUAUUUGGUUCGUGAAAAAUCAACACAAGUCAGGAAAAGUGAAAAAUUAUUUUUAAAUAUCCCGCUAACCUUGGCCUUCGGACUUGGCUCUUCCGUUAUUCUGAGGAAACAUUUAAAUACAGUUAAAUGUGAUAUCAAUCGAACGAACGAUUUCGAAGUAAUUUCUAAUCCAGAAUUGAAAUUCGACUGGAAAAGAUUCUGGAAAUAUUUAAAAGGUCAUAUUUGGAAGUUAUUGGGAGCGAUUGCAGCAGCCCUUGCUGUUGCUUAUUUCAACAUAAACAUCCCUUCAUUAUUAGGACAACUUGUUAAUGCUCUUUCGAAAUAUGCUGGCACUGAUCAUGGAACUGCAACAGAUUUCCUUCAAGAUGUGAAAGAACCAGCAACAAAUCUUUUACUCUCAUACUUAGCACAAUCAGCUUUUACAUUCAUCUACAUCUUCCUGUUAAGUCGCGUCGGAGAACAAAUUGCAUGUGAAAUUCGUCGUGAUCUUUUUGAAAAAAUUCUCAUUCAAGACAUUGAAUUCUUUGACGCGAAUAGAACAGGCGAACUUGUUAAUCGAUUAACAUCUGAUGUUCAAGACUUCAAAUCAUCAUUUAAGCAGACAAUUUCACAAGGUUUAAGAUCAAUCGCACAACUCAUUGGCGGUUCAAUUUCUCUCUUCAUCAUCUCACCACAGCUUGCGACAAUUGCUCUCGUUUCUGUGCCAACUGCAGUGUUCUUUGGAUCAUUUCUGGGACGUUCAUUACGUGACUUGAGUCGUAAAUCUCAAGCGCAAAAUGAAAGGGCAACAAGUGUUUGUCAAGAAGCUCUUGGGAAUAUCAGAACAGUUCGAAGUUGUGCUGCUGAACAUAUCGAAUUAAUGUUCUUUGAGAAGGAAAUUUAUGAGUCAGCGAAAUUGUCACAAGAGCUUGGAACUGGCAUUGCUCUCUUUCAAGCUCUUACCAACAUGUUUCUCAACUGUAUGGUGCUUGGAACUUUGUAUCUUGGUGGACAUUUGAUGUCGAAUAAUUCAAUCACUGCUGGGCAAUUGAUGGCUUUCCUAGUUGCAUCACAAGGUGUUCAAAGAUCUCUCGCUCAAGGCUCAAUCUUAAUGGGAAACGUCAUUAGAGGACUCACAGCUGGUUCUCGUGUAUUCGAAUAUUUAGCUGUCGAACCAAAAGUUGAUCUCGUUGCUGGUUCGACGAUUCCCGAUGAAAAGCUUAAAGGUGAAAUUCGUUUUGAAGGGAUUUCUUUCGCAUAUCCGUCACGUCCUGAUCAAAUUGUGUUGAAAGAUUUUAACUUGACUCUUAAACAAGGCCAAACUGUGGCGCUUGUUGGUAGUAGUGGAUCUGGGAAAUCAACUGUUGCUGCUCUCCUUGAAAGGUUUUACGAGCCAUCGAGUGGCGCAAUAUUUAUCGAUGGAAUUAAUUUGAAGGAAAUCUCACCGAUUUGGUUGCGCAAUGAAGUUAUUGGAUAUAUUGAUCAACAACCGAUAUUGUUCGGCUGUUCGAUAAGAGAAAACAUUAAAUAUGGUCGACAAAAUGCAACAAAUGAUGAGAUUAUCGAAGCUUCAAAGCAUUCACAGUCGCAUGAAUUUAUUGAAGCACUUCCUGAGAAAUAUCAAACGAAUGUUGGUGAACGAGGCGCUCAACUUUCAGGUGGACAAAGACAAAGAAUCGCAAUCGCUCGAGCUUUAAUUAAAGAGCCAGUAAUUUUAAUUCUUGAUGAAGCAACGUCAGCACUCGAUGCAAGUAGCGAAGCGGAAGUUCAGAAAGCUUUAGAUUCUGCCAUUAUUAAUAGGACAACACUUGUGAUAGCUCAUCGUUUAUCAACAAUUCGCAAUGCUGAUCUCAUUGUUGUGAUCGAUAAUGGAAGAAUUAAGGAACAAGGAUCACAUGAUAAUCUCAUGAAGAGAAAAGGUUUAUAUUAUGAUCUUGUUAAACAACAAGAAAAGAAAAGCGAAGAAGAUCGAUCAAGAGCUUAA